AUAGGAAGAGCAGCUAUCAGAAGACUAGCUACCUACUUCCGAGCUGAUUAGAAGAUAGGAAUCGCUGCUUCUGAGAGUGCUGCACUGAUAUCUGCCCGGAGAGUCUGACUUGGAGACGCCGCUCAGUGCUUCAACAACACGGGGUUGUUGGGGCUUCCCGCAUCGUGAAUUCAUUCUUAUCGAAGGACAAAAAGCCAGCGAAGGCACGACAAGAGGCAGAAAGAUCCUGUAAGAUCAGCUGCACGCACUCACUGGGGAGGCAAUGAUCAAUUAAGUUUUUGUUGUGUUGUGGUGUAUCAUGCAGAUGGGGCUCGCCUUCUCGUCGUGGUUCUCGUGCGGAGUGACCGAUUGUGUGAGGGUAUGUAUGUGAGACACGCAUACACGACUGGACACCCACCCCGUGUGUGUAUUGUCUGUCUCAUGCAGACGGAUCACUGCAAAGGAGACGUAGACGAGCUGCAGUGGUUCGUUCGCGACCACCUGCCAUCGCCCUCGGGGGCGGUCUUCGCCGACACCAUUCCCUCGUCCACCGAUCCACUGGACCGCGAACUCCUUCUCUUCUCCCUCACGGCCAACACUGCCGCCUUCAGGUGGCUGCUGGACAUGGGAGCCAACCCUAAUGUGUGCGACAGCAAGGGCAGUUCGUGCCUGCACGCCGCUGCACGGUCGGGAGGAUUGGGCGUCGUACGGGAGCUGGUGCUGAAAGGGGGGCGCGUGGGAUAG